GGACUAGCCGUGCAGUGACAAAAGACUAGCUCACCGACGUGUGGUGGGGGGCGAGCUCGCAUUUAAGAGAGAUAGAGCAUGGCCGCCACAAAAUAUUCGCUACCUUAUUCUCUCAUCAUUCUAUAUCAUUACUAAUUCAUUUGGGCUUUAUCGAUAUUCGAUUAAGAACAGACUCAGAAAGAUGACGCAAUCAAGAUCCAUAAGUGAAACCCAAGAUAUACAGAACAUAUCUACACCUAUAGGUUUACAACUAUCUGGAAAAUAUACAAAAAGUUUUGCUUACGUAACAAUUAAGGAUAGAUUGCCAGUGAUAUUAACAAGAAUUAUUGAUCACUUCAGUCGUAAUAAAGAAGCUAUAAAGAAUAUAUAUGGAGAGGAAUCCAUAGAUGAAAUCAAAUAUCUUAUAGGAUUUGUAAGCAAAAUGAAAAAUGAAUUAGUUACUAACAAGACUUUAAAGCCUUUGCGUUUGAAUGACUUCACGUCCAAUGAUGAAGCAGAGGAAUGGAAUAAAUAUCUAGAACACAGGAUAGAUAUAGAAGGUGAAAUACCCACAUGGUUCAAUACAAUAUGGCUAUACUGCGAAUGCUACAUGUACCGCGUAUUAGCUCAAGAGAUUAGUUUAACGGUAAAAUUAUCGCGUUAUGAUCCAUUUGAAGAUGAAAAACAAGCAAAUUUUAUUCAAUCCAUCGGUAGUAUAAGCGCUCUUGGCUCUUAUGUGAGGCAUAUAUUGUGUACAUGCUGGCCUGAAAAUGAUUUACAGACAGAGAAGGAAGAAUUUCGAAAAUUAUUAAACGUGUCUUUAUGGGGUAACAGGUGUGAUUUGUCUUUGAGCGCAGGAUCUGACGCUAGUCAAUCUGGCGAUCCACUUGAAGUAUUGGAAUCUUUAAAAGAAAAUAUAUUAUCAAAUGAUUGGGAGCAAGUGUGGAAUAUCCUGCGUGACAAGAACGAAGCAGAGUGCGUUACAAUUGAUAUAGUACUCGAUAAUGCAGGGUACGAACUUUUCACUGACUUGUGUUUAGCAGCAUUUUUAAUUGUAAAGAAUCUUACAAUUAAAGUAAGAUUUUACGUCAAGAAAUAUCCCUGGUAUGUGAGCGAUGCGACGCUGCACGAUUUUUAUUGGAUCUUAGAACAGAUGGAUUAUUUAGACACAUAUCCUGACCUGCAAUUGUUAUCUAAAAUGUUCUUUAAUUUUCUGGAUAAUGAAUUUUGGAGCCUAGAGGAGGAGCCAUAUUGGACGAGUCCAUACGACUUUACGAAGAUGAAAGAAAAGGAUGUAAAAUUAUACGAAAAAUUGUCGACCGCUAAAUUAGUGAUAUUUAAGGGUGAUUUAAAUUACAGGAAACUCUUAGGUGACGUUAAUUACGAGCAUAUUACAACAUUUACGAAUGCAUUGGGAGAUUUUUGUCCUACAAAUAUUGUGAGCUUGCGCACUGUAAAAUCGGACAUUUGUGUUGGAUUAAAACCCGGUCUUUCUGAAUUGUUAUCUGAAACGGAUGAGAAUUGGAUGAUCACUGGAAAAUAUGGUCUUAUUCAAACCAGUAUUUUUGCUGAUAAAUCUAAUACGCCGAGUGAGUUUUCGACAUGUUCUGAAGAAAACGUAAAAACGUUAUAAAUUAUUAUAAUCGAGACCUACUUCUAUAUUAUUGUACAAAUACAGAAAAUAAUAUAGUACAUGUUAUAUGUACAAAGGAUAAAAAAUGAUGGCAUUCAUACAUCACGACUUUUGUACUUAUAUCCAUUGUAAAAUAGUCUAUAUUUAUGUAAUUUCUCCCGUGCCAUAGUGUAUAUCAAUUGUAAUC